AUGGCAGACUCCUCUUCCGCAACUCCUUCCUCCUCUGCUCCCUCUCCUCAGCAAGAUGGAUCAGACUUCCUCCCCAGCAGUACUUGGUGGAAUCGUUCAAUUAACUUCUUCCGCAUGGUCACUGGUCGCAUGUCCGCUGGAGGCGCCCAAAAGUACUGGGCCGAUGCGGAUGACCGAUAUAGCGCCUUCGAUUGCAAACGUUGCGAAGAAAGUCGGGACUAUCUAUUAAAAUACUCUCCCAUAAUCCGAUUCAUGAACGAGAAUAUCCAGAAACUGGGCGGUGAAUUGGGACCGCACAACAUUCAUUGCAGGACGUGUAAAGGCGAGGAGGAGGCGAUGCAAGGUGGCUUUGACCAUAAAUACGGGAUCAAGAUAUGUGCAAAUUAUGUGCAGGAAAGGUCCGUCUUGGAAGAUGUUCUGACACACGAGAUGGUGCACGCCUAUGACCAUUUGCGGUUCAAGACGAAUUUGACACUCGAGGAUGAUUUGAGGCAUGCAGCAUGUUCCGAGAUACGGGCCAGCAACCUCAGCGGCGAAUGUCGCUGGGCUAACGAGUUCUUCCGAAAUAAGAUCCUUUCUUUCACGAAUCACCACCAAGACUGCGUUCGAAGAAGAGCCAUCAUCUCGGUCAUGGGUCGACCGAAUUGCAAAGACGAUGUGCAGGCGGUCAAGGUAGUCAAUGAGGUGUGGGACAGCUGUUUUCGGGACACGAGACCGUUCGAUGAAAUAUACCGGUGA